GUGACAUGUGGGACGGGGGUAGGGGGGCCUCUGCAGCUGCAGGGGCGGGGUAGCCCUACGGAUCGAUGUCUCGGCACAAAGCGGCGGGUCUCGCAGCAAUGCCCAGGAGAGGAUGAACCGAGCCCACCCCGGGACUGUUUCCCCGCGUACGGAGCGGCGCGUCGGGCCGCCCCAGGUGCCAACUAGCCCACCUGGCCUUUAGGCGACCGCCAGGGACCGUGCGGGUUCCCCAGCCGCCGAUCGGCGGUGCGGGGCCGGACCCCUCCCCCCUCCCGCCUCCACUCCAGAGCUGGGCGGCUGGAGCGGCUGUCUGGGCAGUGACCCCCGCGCCCCCCGCGCCCGCGCCUCGCCGGCCGCCGCGGCACCCGCCCGCCCCGCGCGCGCUCACGCCAUGGCCAGCCCCGCGCCCUUGGUGGCUUCCAUCAGCCACCAAAUGGUGGCCCUGCAGACCCUGCAGCUGGUGCAGCAGGAGUGGGGCUGGGGCGACGGGCCGGGCGCUCUCGUGAGCCCCUGCGAUCCCGACCCCUUGCCGGCCACCCCCGCGCGUCGCGCAGGCCCCGGGCGCACCCGGCCGGCACCCCGGCGCCAGGAGGGAGGCGCGGGCCGGGGGGGCCGGGGUGGGGGAGCCGGGGUGCAGGCGAGCUCCCUUGACGUGGAGGGGGCGCGCGGGGCCGAGGGGGGCGCGGAGCUGCUCCCCUUCCCCCGCGGCCGGGUGCCCUGCACCCUGGCCCGGAUGGCGAUGCGCAGCGCGCUGGCACGCGUGGUGGCCUCGACCUCGGAGCUGGUCAGCGUGGAGCAGACCCUGCUGGGCCCCCUGCAGCAGGAGCGGCCCUUCCCCAUCCAUCUGAAGGACAGUGUUGAAUUUAGAAACAUCUGCAGUCAUUUGGCUCUGCAAAUUGAAGGACAGCAGUUCGACAGAGAUUUGAAUGCUGCCCAUCAGUGUUUGAAGACAAUAGUCAAGAAGCUGAUUCAGUCACUUGCUAAUCUUCCUUCAGAUGCCCAUGUGGUAGCCUGUGCUUCCUUGAGACAGAUUUUACAGAAUCUCCCAGACAUAUGAGUUCAAGUGGACUGAAAUAAGAGGAUAGCUAACACUGUUAAGAGAUUGGGGACCAUCCCAACUGAAUCUACAUAUGAUGAAGGUUUUUCCUCCCAUUCUGGAGACCUGAUAGUAUAGAGAGUUAUUUAACCAGUGUUAUCUGUAUCUUUAAGAAUUAAAGCAUGUUGGUUACUUUUUUUAAACAUUAUUUCCCAUUUUAAGUACCUUGACAUAUUUGAUAAAUUUUGAUUAUGAUAUAUUUUACUUUGUGGAAAUUAUUUGAUCAUAUCAUAAAUAUAUUUCUUCAUAUUAACAUUCACUUUGAAUAUAUAUUCAUAUUAAUGUAGGACUUUAAGAUUUAGUAUUGCUAUUUAUAUAAUUAAAGCUCACGAUUCUUAAAUUAUCUUAAGUAGUUGGGAUAUUUGCUAAUUGAUAUGUUCUAUUUACUACUUCAUUUAAUGCUAUAGGAAUGACCUGUAGUUGUUUUAUGGUCAUAUGCAUCAAUAAUUAUGGGUUGCAAUUAUUGCAAUUAAUAACUUACUAUUGGACGGAGUGAAACUGUUCCGAAUCCUUGUGUCUUCUACAUUCAAAAUGAUUAUAAGCUAUGAAGUAUCAAGAAUAUAUGAUAUAGAAAUACAAAGUACAAUGCCAUUUCUCAUUUGGACACACCUAGUUCUUCUUAGGAUUUAUAAAUAUUCUGGUUAAAGUAAGAAGUUCUUGUUAAAAAUGGAGGAGGGAAUGGAGAGACUGGCAUGUUUUGAUAAAUAUUUAGGACUAAGAAGAGAAGAGGUUGCUUUUUUUCUAUAAUGAUCUCUACUUGCUAAGGAAAAAAUAAAUUUCUAUUAUUUAAUGAUGACUAUGUUGAGAACCAAAGUAAGUUAAAUUUUUUAUUUUCCUUUAAAAUUUUGAUAGGAAUGGCAUAAUAGUUAGAAAAGAAUAGCUGCAAUGUGUACAUGUAGUGUGUUUUUUAAAAAGGAAUUGUACCCUGGGUCUGUAUGGUGAGAGCAUAAUAACUAUUAAGAAAUAAAGUAUUCAUGACA